AUGGCCUCUACACUCCUCCGCCAGAGCGCUCUGCGCACCGCCGUGCGAUCCGCUGCUCCGUCGACGGCCAAGAGAGCUGCUCUCGCCAGCACCACCUUCGUCCGCGGAAAGGCCACGCUGCCAGACCUGCCGUGUAAGAAGAGCCGGCUGUCAAGUGAUUGGGAAGAAUGGGGUCUAAUGUGUCGAUGAUCGAUAGAUGACUACGGCGCGCUCGAGCCGGCCAUCUCGGGCCAAAUCAUGGAGCUCCACCACGACAAGCACCACCGCACCUACGUCAACUCCUACAAUACUCAGAUUGAGAAGCUGCAGGAGGCACAGCAGAAGAGCGAUAUCCAGACACAGAUUGCUAUCCAGCCAUUGAUCAACUUCCACGGAGGUGCGUAGCUAUCUUGGAGGAGACGAGAUAAGAGACAGUAACAGAAGAGACGAGGCUAAUGUCGUUUUAUUGGGAUGAACAGGUGGCCACACCAACCACACCCUCUUCUGGGAGAACCUCGCCCCCAAAUCUCAAGGCGGAGGCGAGCCGCCAAGCGGUGGCCUCGCCAAAGCCAUCGAUUCGCACUUCGGUUCCAUCGACAACCUCAAGUCGCAGAUGAACACUGCUCUCGCCGGCAUUCAGGGCUCUGGCUGGGCCUGGUUGGUUCAGGAUGCCCAGACCGGCGCCAUUCAGAUCAAGACGUACGCCAAUCAGGACCCCGUCGUGGGUCAGUUCCGUCCUCUGCUGGGAAUUGACGCGUGGGAGCAUGCGUACUACUUGCAGUACCAGAAUCGGAAGGCCGAAUACUUCGGUGCUAUCUGGGAUGUCAUCAACUGGAAGGCGGCGGAGAAGAGAUUCAAGUAG